CAGUCAACAUGUUGGGCUCCUUGACUCUGGUGUGGAUAUGCAUCGUUCUCAUAUUCCUCUUCAUUAGGAUCCAGAAGCCCAAGAACUUUCCUCCUGGACCUCAACCUCUUCCAAUAUUUGGAAACCUGCUUCAUCUGAACAUUGCCAAUCCCUUGAAAGAUUUUAAAAGAUUUUCAGAACAAUACGGGAAUGUUUAUGGCUUGUUUUGGGGAUCAAAACCAGCUGUGGUUCUUAAUGGUUUUGAGGUUAUAAAGGACGCUCUGGUUACUAAAGCUGGAGACUUUUCAGGACGGCCACAAGACUUCAUGACCAAUCAUAUGACAGAGAAUAAAGGUGUCAUUUUGGCUGACUAUGGCCCUGGUUGGAAGGAGCACCGACGCUUUGCCCUCAUGACUCUGAGGAACUUUGGACUUGGGAAGCAAUCCAUGGAGGAGAGAAUUCUGAAGGAGAUCUCACAUAUUGUUGCUUGUCUGGAAAAAAAUGCUGGGGGAAUUGUGACUCCUCAGACAUUAUUUCACAACGCUGCAUCAAAUGUUAUCAGCUUGGUUUUGUUUGGAACACGUUUCGAUUACAAAGAUGAAUUCCUCACGCGCUACGUUCAACUCAGUACAGAGAUUUCAAAGAUCGUCAAUGGACCGUGGAACAUGAUAUAUGACACAUUUCCUGCAUUGAGAAACGUGCCUCUACCAUUUAAAAAAGCAUUUGAGGUCAUGGGAGAGAUGAAAAACAUGACUUUGAAUAUGAUCAAUGAGCACAAGAGGACGAGAGUCCCAGGAGAGCCCAGAGACUUCAUUGACUGCUAUAUGGAUGAGCUUGAUAAGAGAGGAAAUGAUGGUUCCAGCUUUGAUGAAGCCCGGCUCAUUAUGUACAUUGUGGAUUUGCACUUUGCCGGCACUGAUACUACAUCCAACACCCUCCUCACUGCAUUUCUCUACCUCAUGAAUCACCCUGAUGUUCAGGAGAGAUGUCAGCGAGAGAUUGAUGAUGUUCUGGAAGGUAAAGAUCACGCGUCAUUUGAAGACAGACACAACAUGCCGUACACACAAGCUGCGAUUCAUGAAGUUCAGCGUGUUGCUAACACAGUACCACUGAGUGUGUUUCACUGCACCACCAAAGACACACAACUGAUGGGUUACAACAUCCCAAAGGGGACUCUUGUUAUUCCUAAUCUUACUUCUGUACUGAAUGAAGAAGGUCAGUGGAAGUUUCCUCGUGAGUUUAAUCCAGACAACUUCCUGAAUGAUCAGGGCCAGUUUGGAGAAAUGAACUUCAUGCCCUUUUCUACCGGACCCCGUGUGUGUCUUGGUAAGGAUCUUGCUCGUAUGGAGCUCUUCCUUAUCUUGGUUACUCUUCUGCAGCGUUUCCAGUUUGUGUGGCCUGAAGAUGCCGGGGAACCAGAUUACCAGCAAAACAGAGCCAGUAAAACAGAUAUAAACUGUGACGUCAAAUGUUUAAGAACAUAGUGUAAAUUACAGUGC